CUCUCUUCCCUCCUCAGAUCCCAGUUUGGUUUGUAGCUUGUCUUAUGGUUGGGUUUUGUUAGGGUCAAAUUCCACGCCACACUUUUCCUGGGGCUAUGUGUGCUCACUUCUGUCCCUCUGCAGCCUGCGACCCACAGACACAGAGAGGCACUGAGACAAGUUUAAAGCAUGUCUGGAGCGAAAACACUAGUCGCCCAUUCGAUCCCACCUCACACCCUGACCCGGCUCGCACGUGAGUGGCUGGCAGAGGACACCCCAAACUUUGACCCGGCGGGGGUUUGCGUGGGAUCAGAGGAAUUGGAGGCUAAGUUGUUGUGUAAAACUCCCCACACCGUGCUGGCAGGGAGCCCUUUCUUCACAGCAGUGUUCGCUGAGGUGGGCUGCACCGUGGACUGGAUUUACCAGGAAGGAGCGGUGAUUGGUCCAGAUGCCGUCACCCUGACUGCUGUGGUGAGAGGCCCAGCCAGAUGCCUCCUCCUUGGGGAGCGUCCUGCUCUGAACUGCCUGAGUCGCGCCUCUGGGAUCGCCACCCGCUGCUCUCAGCUCAAGUUGAUGGCAAAGUCUGCGGGCUGGCAUGGAGAGGUGGCUGGCACCCGUAAGACCACUCCGGGUUUUAGGCUGGUGGAGAAGUACGCCAUGUUGGUGGGCGGCACAUCCAUGCACAGGCAGGACCUGAGUGGGAUGGUGAUGCUGAAGGACAACCACGUCUGGGCAUCAGGGAGCAUCAGAGAGGCUGUGAAAGUGACGCGGUCGGUGUGCGGCUUUAGCAGUAAGAUCGAGGUCGAGUGUUGCUCCGCAGCAGAGGGAAGGGAGGCAGCCAGCGCCGGGGCAGACAUUGUCAUGUUGGACAACUUUCAGCCACAGGAGGUUCAUGUUGCAGCACGAGAACUGAAGAACGAGUUUCCAGCUCUCCAGAUAGAAGUCAGCGGUGGAGUCACUCCAGAAAACCUAGCUCUGUAUUUAUCCUCUCAUGUAGACAUUAUUUCUCUGGGUUGCAUCACUCAAGGAUGCCCAGUUGCCGAUUUCUCUCUUAAAGUGCAAAAGCAAUACAUGCAAAUAAGUGAUUAAAUUGAACUGAUUCUUG